AUGUCGAUGUUCUCCUUCCAGGUUUCGCUUUCGCUUUCCUCUACGGUCCUUUUCUUCCUGUGCCCUCACAGCUUGGUGGCCCGAGACAUUGUUUUCCCUCCCUCCGCUCCGGUACAAGCCAAGCUCAACUCCGACCAUAGCACCUCUCACAACUUGAACCCUGCUGCCAACCCGGGCUACUAUCAGACUUAUCGGUCUGCCGUGGGCGCCGACAAGGAUCAUUUGCUAGACUAUGAUAAGUUCGCAGGACUGACGACCUUUUCCAAUCUACCUUGGGUCCACUGCUUAUCGCCCGACAACGAUGUCGAGAAGUACGACAUUGCCUUUCUGGGGGCUCCUUUCGAUACUGGAACUACAGGAAGACCUGGAGCGCGGUUUGGCCCCACCGGGAUAAGGCUGGGUUCUCGACGAAUCGAGGCGCCCGUCGCCUGGAGCCCCUACACCCACGACAACACGUUCCUGUCCUGGGCAAGGAUCGUGGACUGCGGCGAUGCACCUCUGACGUUCCUCGACAACACCGUAGCCUUGCAGCAGCUCGGGGAGGCGCACAAGAUCGUGUCCGGCCGCACGGCCAAUACCACCGAGGUGGCAAGCGUGCCUCGGAUCAUCACCCUGGGUGGUGACCACACCACGACGCUGGCAGCGUUGCGGUCGACGGUCAACCACUGGGGUCCAGUCAGUGUGAUUCAUUUCGACAGCCACAUUGACACCUGGGACCCGAAAGUCCUAGGUGGUGGGAUUUCCCAUUAUGCAGGCGUGAAUCACGGAACAUUCCUGCAUAUUGCCCAUGAGGAGGGCUUGAUUCUCAACUCGUCGGCGCACGCGGGCAUCCGGGCGCCGACCAUGAACAAAAAGUACGACUGGAAGAACGACAAGCGCUGCGGGUUUGAAAUCAUCACGGCUCGGGACAUCGACAAGAUCGGUGUUCAGGGCAUAAUUGAACAGCUGAAGAUCCGUGUCGGUGACUCGCACGUGUACAUCUCGGUCGACAUUGAUGUCCUGGAUCCUGCCUUUGCACCGGCCACAGGCACGGUUGAAGUCGGCGGAUGGACGACCCGAGAGCUCUUGAGCAUCCUGGAUGGGCUGGAGGGUCUGAAAGUGAUCGGAGCAGAUGUGGUCGAGGUCGCUCCCGCUUAUGAUAACGUGGGAGAGACGACUGUCCUUGCCGCGGCUGAAGUGGCUCAUUCUCUCAUGAGCCUGAUGGUGGAGACACCUGUUAAGCCGCUGAAGAGCUGA